GGAAGGAAGGAGAGAGAGAGAGAGAGAGAGAGAGGAUCGAAGAGCGAGAAACACAGAAAACAGAGAGAGAGAGAGAGAGAGAGAGAGAGAGAGCAAGAGAAAAAACGACUCCUCUCACAGUAGUUCUCAUCUUCUCAACACAAAGAAACCACUUAUCCCGAUCUGUUUUUCCCUUCCCCAUCGCACCUCACUUCAAUUCCGAAUUCCCCUCAACCCUAAAUCCCUCUCCACUCUCACUCAACAUUCUCCCCCCCUCUCUCUCUCUCUCUCCGUAUCUAUCUAUCUUUCCAUCUAUAUUUAUAGACAUACAGUUGUGUUGUAUCUAUAGUUCGGGGCUCCACCAUGACAUGCAUAAAGGGGGUGAACAGAUCGGCGUCGGCGGCGUUCGCCCCCGACGCGCCGUACAUGGCGGCGGGGACCAUGGCGGGGGCGGUGGAUCUCUCAUUCAGCUCGUCGGCGAGCCUCGAGAUCUUCGAGCUAGACUUCCGGUCGGAGGAUCGCGAGAUGCCGGUCGUAGGCGAGUCGGUCAGCUCCGAGCGGUUCAACCGGCUGUCGUGGGGGAAGGCCCCGUCGGGAUCCGAGGGGUACUCGCUCGGCGUCGUCGCCGGCGGCAUGGUCGACGGGAACAUUGGGAUUUGGAAUCCUCUUGCUCUAAUCCGCUCUGAGGCAACUGAAACUGCUCUUUUGUCACAACUUUCAAAGCAUAGAGGACCUGUUCGGGGUUUGGAAUUUAAUGCUCUUAUGCCUAAUCAUCUUGCUUCUGGAGCCGAUGAAGGCGAAAUCUGUAUAUGGGAUAUAGCUCAUCCGGCAGAACCUACCCAUUUUCCUCCUCUUAAGGGUAGUGGAUCUGCUACUCAAGGUGAAAUUUCAUUUCUAUCUUGGAACAGCAAGGUUCAACAUAUAUUAGCAUCCACUUCGUACAAUGGGACAACCGUGGUUUGGGACCUGAAGAAGCAAAAGCCAGUACUUAGUUUUACAGAUUCAAAUAGAAGGCGGUGCUCUGUUUUGCAGUGGCAUCCAGAUGUGGCCACACAGCUUAUUGUCGCUUCAGACGAUGACAGUUCACCUUCUUUGAGACUCUGGGAUAUGCGUAAUAUAAUUUCACCAGUGAGGGAAUUUGUAGGGCACACUAAAGGUGUAAUUGCGAUGUCAUGGUGUCCCAUUGACAGCUCCUAUUUGCUUACCUGUGCCAAAGACAAUCGUACUAUUUGCUGGGACAUUGUUUCUGGAGAGAUUGUGUCUGAAUUGCCACCUGGAACCAACUGGAAUUUUGAUGUACACUGGUAUCCAAAGAUACCUGGGGUUAUUUCAGCAUCUUCGUUUGAUGGAAAAAUCGGGAUUUAUAACAUCGAGGGUUGUAGCCGAUUUGGUGUUGGGGAGGGUGAUUUUGGUGCAGAACAAUUCUAUGCAGCGCCUUUGAGAGCACCAAAAUGGUAUAAACGUAAAGCAGGGGUGUCUUUUGGUUUUGGAGGCAAACUUGUUUCUUUUUCCUCAAAGGAUGCUGCAGGUGGAGCUUCAGAGGUUUAUGUGCAUAACUUAGCAGCAGAACACAGUUUGGUGAGCCGUUCUUCUGAAUUUGAAGCUGCCAUUCAAAAUGGGGAGAGAUCUUCACUGAGGCUUUUAUGUGAUAAAAAAACUCAGGAGUCUGAGUGUGAGAAUGAUAGAGAAACAUGGGGCUUCUUGAAGGUUAUGUUUGAAGAUGAUGGGACAGGAAGGACGAAACUGCUUACCCAUCUUGGUUUUAGUCUACCUACUGAGGCAAAAGAUGCGGUGCAAGAUGAUCUCUCACAGGAAGUAAGUGCUAUCGGUCUUGAAGAUAAGGUAGUACAUAAUGGAGGAUAUGCAGUAGAUAGAGAAACUGCAGCCCUCCUGGCUGAUAAUGGGGAAGAUUUCUUUAACAAUCUACCAAGCCCUAAAGCUGAAACACCUGUGUCCAAUUCUGGGGAUAAUGUUACUGUCGAAGACUCAGUUCUCAGUGUUGAGGAAAUGCAACAAGAAAUGGAUGGACUAGAGGAGAGUGCUGACCCGUCAUUUGAAGAUUCAGUUCAACGUGCAUUGGUUGUUGGGGAUUACAAAGGAGCAGUUGCACUGUGUAUAUCUGCAAAUAAAAUGGCUGAUGCUCUAGUUAUUGCUCAUGUCGGUGGUGCCUCAUUGUGGGAGAGCACACGGGAUCAAUACCUCAAGAUGAACCACUCUCCGUACUUAAAGGUUGUUUCUGCGAUGUUUAACAAUGAUCUCAUGAGCCUUGUGAACAUCAGGCCCCUGAAAUCCUGGAAAGAGACACUUGCUCUGCUUUGUACUUUUGCUCAGAGAGAAGAGUGGAGUUUGCUCUGUGAUGCACUUGCUUCUAGGCUCAGAGCUGUUGGCAACACACUAGCUGCGACCCUUUGUUAUAUAUGUGCUGGAAAUAUUGACAAGACAGUCGAAAUUUGGUCGCGGAGUCUGACAGCAGAGCCUGAUGGGAAAUCCAAAGUUGACCUUCUUCAAGAUUUGAUGGAAAAGACUAUGGUCCUUGCUUUGGCAACUGAGCAGAAGCAACUUAGUACUUCUUUGUGCAAGCUUGUUGAGAAAUAUGCUGAAAUAUUAGCAAGUCAAGGGCUUUUCACUACAGCAAUGGGGUACUUGAAACUGAUAGGAACCGAGGAAUUGUCUACCGAGCUUAUGAUCUUACGGGAUCGGAUUACACAGUCAACAGAGAUCGAGAAAGAAGUACCCAAGUCUCUGGCUUUCGACAACUUUCAGUCACAAACAGGACACGCAUACGGUGCUGAUCCAUCAAGUUUUGGCGCAGUUGAGGCCCCUCAACAUUAUUAUCAGGAAACAGUACCAUCGCAACAGCAACAAAACAUUCCAACAAAUCCUUAUGGGGAAAAUUACCAACAGUCAUUUAGCUCUUCAUAUGGGAGAGGAUAUGGUGCUCCUGCCCCAUAUCAGCCAGCACCACAGCCUCAAAUGUUUGUGCCAUCCCAAGCACCUCAAGUUCAACAGAUGAACAUUGCUACUCCACCAGUAACCCCUCAGACUACAGUAAAACCCUUCAUCCCUGCAACCCCUCCUGUGUUGAGGAAUGUGGAGCAAUACCAGCAGCCGACAUUGGGUUCUCAGCUGUAUCCAGGAACCGGCAACCCCAAUUAUCAAACAGGACCUCACGUUGGUGGUUCAGUUGGCACUAUUCCAUCUCAAGUAGGUCAAGUUCCUGGACAUAAGAUGUCUCAGGUUUUGGCUCCAACCCCAGCAUCUAGGGGAUUUAUGCCGGUUACUAGUGCAGGAGUCCAAAGACCUGGCAUGGGUCCAACACAGCCUUCCAGCCCUACUCAGCCAGCACAAGUUCAACCAGCCAUAACUCCUGCCUCACCCCCGCCUACAGUACAGACAGUUGAUACGUCAAAUGUGCCUGCCCAGCAAAGACCUGUCAUUAUGACCUUGACGCGGCUUUUUAAUGAGACAUCAGAAGCACUGGGUGGUUCACGUGCAAAUCCAGGCAAGAAGCGGGAAAUCGAGGAAAACUCAAGGAAAAUAGGUGCCUUGUUUGCCAAGCUUAACAGUGGGGACAUCUCCAAAAAUGCCUCUGAAAAGCUUGUUCAGCUUUGUCAGUCUUUGGACAAUGGUGAUUUCGGUACUGCCCUUCAAAUCCAGGUGCAACUUACCGCUAGUGACUGGGAUGAAUGCAUUUUCUGGCUUGCAACACUUAAACGAAUGAUCAGGACUCGGCAAAGUGUGAGAUGAAUUGGAACGGUAAAUUUCACCAAAAUUGGAGCUUGAAACUCAUCGCUUGUGGUUCUCUGCUGGAGCUCUGAUACCUUUAUAUAUACAAGAACGCGCAUUUUCAGUUAGGUUACAGCAGGCUUAUGGUUCUAGUUUCUUGGUGUUUUAAAAGCAGUAAACAGAUGGAAGUUCUCAGGACAUUCGUGGUCUUUGCUGAUUAGUUUACAGUUAUAUUUUGUAGUGUGUAGAAAUAGAUAUAAGAAUUAGUCAUAAUUUUUUUGUCCACUGUCCAUGCAUUAAGUUGCUUUGGGUGAUUAGCUUCCAACUUCUCGUCCCUUGUGUGCUUGGGAAGCCAUUGAUUUGUACUUGUAAUGAACUAUUGAAUAAGAUUAAUCCCUGUUUAGUUUUGUCCA